AUGGCCGAGGAAGAACUAAGUAAAGUGUGGAUGCGGCAGUUGACUGCCCUAGAAGGGCUGGAGGAGAGAUUAGACAUACAUCGUGUCUACACUUGGACAGAAUUCAAGGAAGAGUUGGAGAAGCGAGCCAACCAAUUAGCGUGCCGAACCGAUAUCGACGAAUCGAAAUCGCGCAACACCAAGACGGUAGCAGCAGCUGCCAUCACCCAACCCCAGCGUAGGGAAAUCAAAACGCAACCGCAAUCCUGUUUCGCGUGCAAUGAGAAAGGGCACGCGAUCUGGCACUGCACCGAAUUCAAAGCGCUGCCUGUACCGCAAAGAUGGGAUAGGACCAAAAGAGCCGGUCGGUGUUUCAAUUGUUUGUCUUGGGGACACUCCGUCCAAAAUUGUUCAUCCAAAAAGCGGUGUUCAGAAUGCGGAGAAGCACACCACACAUUGCUACAUCCAGUGGAUGCGGUUCCAGAGAAGAAGCCGGCGGCUGACCCAGCCGUUGUGGCCUCAACCAGCACCGAGAUCAACAUUAAAGGUGCGUCCGACUGGUAUCGAGUUAGGUGCCUAUUGGACUCCGGUAGUCAGGUGGAGUCUAUCACGGAAGCAGCCGCGCAGACUCUAGGACUACCGUACGCACGGAGCGACGUGCAACUUGUUGGCAUUGGCGGAAGGGUCAAUGCUUCCAGAAAGAUUACAACCGUAAUCUCCUCCAGAUGCGGAAGCUUCGCUAUGGAGGUAAGUUUAGUUUUGGUUCCGCACCUUUUAGACGACCAGCCCAGCAUUCGGCUGGAAGCGAAGGAUGUGAGUGUUCCGUCAAACAUUGAGUUAGCGGACCCCACAUUCUACAAGAGAAGAGGCAUCGAGAUUAUACUCGGUGCCCGAGUACUAUUCCAGAUUCUGAGCCCCAGACAAAUCCAAUGUACAAAUGGCCCGAAUCUUCAGGAGUCAGCCUUAGGCUGGCUUGUUGGCGGACUAGUUUCGCUACGGUCAACCCGGAAAGCAGUAAUGACUGUUGCCACCGUUAGUACAAAUGAGAUCCAAGAAGAAGAGGACCCCGAUGGGAAAUUGGAUAUUCUCUUCAAGAGGUUUUGGGCCUUGGAGGAGGUAACUUCUGCGGAAGCGAAGUCCACCUCUGACCAGGUAAACCUAUGCGAGGAGCACUUCCUCCAGCACACCAAGAUAGGGGCAGAUGGCAAAUAUAUUGUGUGCCUCCCUUUCAACGACAAGCCCAUUCAACUGGGUGAUUCCUACGAGCAAGCAAGAAGACGCUUGUUCUCGCUAGAAAGGAAACUCACGCGAACUCCGGAAGUAUACGAGCAAUACAGAGAGUUCCUGAAAGAGUAUCUGACAUUAAAUCAUAUGGAAGUUGUAGAACCAAAGGAUUAUCAAAAAAUCCGCUACUUCAUACCACACUCAUGUGUCAUCAAGCCAGAUUCUUCAUCAACCAAGCUUCGCGUGGUAUUUGAUGCAAGCGCUGAGGCAUCAAAUGGACAUUCCUUGAAUGACAUGCUGCGUAGUGGACCAGCGAUCCAAACGGAGCAAUUCGAUUUGCUCCUGGACUUUCGCUGCCAUGACAAGGUGCUAAUGGCCGACAUCGCGAAGAUGUAUCGGCAAGUCCAUGUCCACGAAACGGACUCGUGGUACCAGUGCAUCGCCUGGAGGGAUAAUCCUUCGGAAGCGAUUCAGGCUUAUCGCCUCAAAACAGUGACUUAUGGCGAGGCGGCAUCCUCAUUCCUAGCAUGUCGCGCUCUACACCAAGUCGGAGAAGAAAUCCGAUCGCAUCAGCCGAGCAUUGCUGAUAUUAUUCAGAAAUGUUUCUACGUCGACAAUUUGAUGAUGGGGGGAAAUUCAGCAGAAGGUCUUCUGAGUCAACGAAAAGCCGUGGAGGCCGCUCUUCUGCAGCGAGGCUUUCCCUUACGGAAAUGGGCAUCCAACGAUGCCAGCAUCAUAGAAGAUGUACCUGCCGACGAUCUCGAAAAGGAGAUCAACAUCGGAAAUCACGAUGUGAUUAAAACCCUAGGCGUGGCCUGGUCUCCACGCGGAGAUACCUUUCGAUUCCUAGUGGAGGACCGCAAUGCAAGCAAGCAAACUAUUACCAAGAGGCAGCUAGCCUCGGAGGUGCUCAGAUUAUAUGAUCCGUUGGGCAUAAUGCAACCGGUCAUCAUUACAGCAAAAAUAUUGCUGCAGAGCUUGUGGAAAACCAAGCUCGGUUGGGAGGACCAGAUCCCACCAGAAACUUUGCACGAAUGGCAGCAACUGAAGAAAACGCUGCCGAAGUUGGCGGAACUAGAGUUCCCGCGUCAAGCCAUCCCGAGUAACGUAGCACACUUGGAGCUGCACGGUUUCUCGGACGCUUCUAUUCGCGCUUAUGGAGGCGCAAUUUAUGCCUUUGCCAUAGACACGCAAGGUGCUUUGUGCAAAGUCGCGUGUAGUCCCGAUGAAGGACCUCACUCUUCCUCGAAAGGAAUUAAUUGGAGCCAAAUUGUUGGCAGAGUUGAUGAGCCGCGUGAUCGGCAUCAUACCACAACACAUUAA